AUGCUGGAUAAUCACCCAAACGCUACUAUUGUUUGCGGUGGCGAUCUUAAUCACCUUGAUCUCACGAGACUUAAACGCAUUACUGGUUGGACCGCUUUAGUGGAUUUUCCAACACGAGGGGAUUCAUUUUUGGAUAAUUGUCUUACAAAUAGGCCAGAGCUCUUCGGAAAAGCUUUAUCUAUAAAGAUGCUGAUUAAGACGGAUCACAUUGGAUUUAUAGUUCCAGCGGGCAAGAAACUCAAGCCUAUUCGUAAGAAAGUGCAAUUUAGGGAUUGUCGUGAGCAUAGGAAGCAAGCUCUUUACCUUGCCCUCGCAUCAGAAUGCUGGGAUGAUGUUUUGGAGGCGGAUAGUAUCGAAACAGCUGUGAACAUCUUAGAAUUGAAGAUCCUGUCAAAUAUUAACUGGUGCAUGCCUUUACGAACGGUUUCCCUUUCGUCCCGUGAUCCAAGUUGGAUGACACCGCUAGUUAAAUACAUGCUACGUAGCAAGUCUCGCAUCUCUGUUUUACGCACUAAUAAGCAUAGAGAGCUUAGUAGAAAUGUGUUGAAGGUUAUUGGCGAAAACAGAAGGAUGCUUCUGGAGGGCAAAAUGGGGAGCAGAGAAUGGUGGAAAAACGUAGACUUGAUAUCUCAACGCCGGCGGUCCACAAACGUUUCGCUGGAUAGAGAGACCGCUCAAGAUUUGAACGAGUAUUUCGGUGACCUGUGUACGGAUGGCGAUUACGUUGAGCCCGCGUUACUUGAAAUUGGUCCUGAGGUGAAAGUCCCGGAAAUUAGUGAACGAUAUGUAUGGAACUCACUGAGUACUCUAAAGAAGACUGCAACUGGUCCUGACCAAAUUCCGUAUUGGGUGUGGAAAGACCAUGCGGAGAUCUUCACUCCAAUCAUUACUAAGCUAUGGAAUUUGUCUCUCGCUACGCACCAAUGGCCUAGAUCGUGGAAAAGGGCAAGUAUAAACCCACUGCCAAAAGUUGAUGUUCCAGUGGCAAGAGGGGACUUCCGGGGGAUCAACGUAACCCCUGUAAUAGCAAGAGCCCUGGAAAAGGCAGUCUAUAAGAUUCACGCCCAAAGGCCGGUAGAAGAACAGCUGUUGAAUAGUCAAUUCGCGUAUAGAGAAGGAGGGAGCUGCACAGAUGCUCUGCUACUUAUACAGAAUAAGAUCUGCAAGUUUCUUGAUGAUCCCAAGUGCAAGGCAGUGCGGAUGUUCGCGAUGGAUUUCAGUAAGGCCUUUGACUCUGUGAGCCAUCAACUCCUUGCUGAGAAACUUAAGAGUCUACCACUUAACCCGUAUAUCAUAAACUGGUGGUUAGAUGCCUCCGCAAAGAAGGAUGUAGCCAAGCAGAAGUAG